AUGGGCUUGGAUGAACCUGCGUUCGAUAUGAUCGACGAUGGGAGCGGCAAACACGCAGGGCACCUUACUGUGAACUACGAGCUCGUGGAUUGUGAUCCUCCUCCACCGCCACCACCACCACCAGCAGGUCCCGGUGAGACCGAUGUCAUAGCAUACUGGAGUGACUAUGGUCCUCUAAAGAAUAACUGGAGCUACAGUGCGGCACAUGUCGCUUGCAACGACUAUGACGGUAACAAACCCUUGGAGUGGCGUCAAAGAUAUGGAUGGACCGGUUACUGUGGAAAUGUUUUCGGUUCUCAACUGAAAGACAUCUGUGGCAAGUGCUUAAAGGUAACCAACACACGCACAAAAGAUGAGAAAAUAGUGAGAAUCGUCGAUUCAUGUGGCGGUGGUGGUCUGGUGUUAGACUUAAACACAGCGUUUACUCCGCUUGACAGUGAUGGGAAAGGGAAUGCUGCAGGCCAUCUUACUGUGGACUAUCAAGUGGUGGAUUGUUAUGAUGAUGUGGAUUCUCCACUUCGUCUCUAUGGCCAGUGA